UCUGACUUGUGACGUUCAGCUGUACAGUUCGUGGGCGGCGGCGGCAUACGCGAAUUUUCUCAAACAGGCUGCAUUUCUGUAACGAGUGCUAACCCAACUCAGUUAACGUCAAGCGUUAAAGCCGCAUCCGCAUCCGUGUCUAGCGAGCUGCCGGAAUACGGAAACUGCUGACCAAAAAGCAAAGAAUUGCUAUGCUGCAUUAGCCCAACCACUGGGCCCCCCAAAAGUCUUUUGCUUAAAGACACAACAAACGUUUUUGUCAAUUAAAGCCUGAGCGCUUUUAAUUUAUCAACAUGCGCAGCCUACAGCUGACUCUUUGCCUUGGCAUAUUGUGCCUCACUACAGUCUUGGGCUCCAUAAAAUUGACAGGUCAAGGCUUCAAAGAUGCUCUUGGAGAACACAUGCUAACGGAUAUAAUGAAUAGCAAUCAAUACUCUGGCAUCGAAUUUGCCGACGGCGAAGAUGGAUUUCCAGCGUUUAAACUACUGCCCACGGCGGAUGUGAAAUCACCGUAUAAAGUGUUGUUGCCGGAGAAGCUCAGCGAGUUUGCCGUGCUCAUAACCUACAAACUGAGCUCCCUCAAGGGCGGCUAUCUGUUCAGCGUGGUCAAUUCACUGGACACAUUGGUGCAGCUGGGCGUGGUGCUGUCGCCAGUUGUUAAAAACAGUUACAAUGUUACGUUGGUCUAUGCGCAGCAGGAUGAGCCCGUUGGACGCAAGAUAGCCAGCUUUGCGGUUACGCAUGUGCCAAACAAAUGGAAUUCGAUUGCGUUCCAGGUGUUUAGCGAUAAGGUGAACUUUUACUAUGACUGCGAACUGGUCAACUCGACAAACGUCGUGCGUGAGCCACUUGAGCUGAUCUUCUCAUCGGCCGCAACACUUUAUAUUGGCCAAGCGGGCUCCAAUAUCAAAUGCCACUUUGAGGGCUAUUUAGAAAAAAUCUAUGUUUAUACUAAUCCGGAUGCCAUUAGUGUGGCAUGCAUGCCGCCACAAAAGCCAACAGUAGCAGUCACACUGCCACCGGACUCUGAAUCCGAUUUAAACAAUGAGUUACCCAGCGAUGCUGAAUUUUCAGCAUUACCCGAUGAGUCCAUGCCCCUUUCACCUGACGCGGAGGGUAAUGAAAUUGAUAUAGCAAACGAUGGCGCAUGGGCUGCUGGCCUUGAGGCAACAGACCUAUACGACGCCAGUGGCAUGCCGCCGGGACAGACCUACGAAAGACCUUAUCGCGGCAUCAAGGGCGAGAAGGGCGAUCGCGGACCCAAGGGCGACAGCAUACGCGGCCCGCCGGGUCCACCAGGUCCGCCUGGUCCCAAAGGUGAAUCCGCCGCAUAUCCGCCCUUUGUGGAGUCAAGCAGUCCCGGCGCUAAAUACACUGGCGAAUGUACAUGUAAUGCGUCUGAUAUUCUGGAUGCUCUCAAGGACAAUGAAAGUUUACGUGAAACGUUGCGCGGUCCGCCCGGUGCACAAGGACGAGAUGGUAAAACUGGUGCCCCAGGACUAACCGGUGCCACUGGUGUGACUGGCGCGCGUGGUCCGGAAGGUCCUGCGGGCGAGAAGGGCGAGCCAGGCGUCGACGGUAUGCCCGGUGUGUUGGGUCCGCCCGGACCACCAGGGCCGCCUGGCUUGCCGGAAAGCUACGAUGAAUCCUUAAUGGGCAACUCGAUGGGCAGCCUACGCAACACGGGAGCAACACAGGCCGGAGCGAAGGGCGCAACUGGCGACAGAGGUGAACCCGGUAGGCCAGGAGAACGCGGUGAAAAGGGCCACAAAGGUGCACAUGGACCCGCUGGACCCAAGGGUGAGCCUGGCGCACCCGGACUGCCCGGAUUGGCUGGACAGCCGGGCGAUGGCAAUGGCACCAAGGGCGACCGCGGCGAGAAGGGCGAGAAGGGCAUGCGUGGCCGACGCGGUGGCACUGGCGCUGCAGGACCCAUUGGCCCACCCGGCAAACCUGGCCCCGCCGGCGAUAUUGGACACUCGGGACGUCCCGGCGUAGCUGGACCCAAAGGCGACAUUGGCCCCAAGGGCAUCAAAGGCGAUGCAGGCGGACGCGAGGGUGUCAAGGGCGACAAAGGUGAUCGCGGCAGUGAUGGACGCGAUGGUUUACCCGGCCCACCAGGCCUGCCGGCUACAACAAUUUCAGGCGAUGGCGAUAGCAGCGGCGUGCAGUAUAUACCCAUGGCUGGCCCACCUGGACCGCCAGGACCCCCUGGAUUGCCUGGAUUGUCUAUAUCCGGACCCAAAGGUGAACCUGGGAUGGAUGCGCGUGGCUCGUUCUUCGGCGAUGCUGCUUACUACGGACGUCCAGGUACGCGCUCAUCUUUAGACGAACUUAAAGCUCUACGCGAACUGCAAGAUCUGCGCGAUAGACCCGAUGGCACUGCCGCACGCACAUCAAUUGCAGAGCCGCCGCGUCAAACUGCACAUUCGCACAAACAUGAGGAGGCGCUGGGAAUGGGCAUGGGCAUGGGUCUGGGCAGUGAGGAGCUGCCUUAUUUGUCGGCAUCAUCAUCGAAUAUGAACAUGAGAAUUGUGCCAGGUGCUGUUACCUUUCAAAAUAUUGAUGAAAUGACAAAGAAAUCGGCGUUGAGUGCGCCUGGAACUUUGGCAUACAUAACAGAGGAGGAAGCGCUGCUGGUGCGCGUCAACAAGGGCUGGCAAUAUAUAGCGCUGGGCACACUGGUGCCGAUUGCCACGCCUUCGCCGCCCACUACUGUGGAGCCUCCGAUGCGUAACUUUGGUCUGCAGUCAAAGAAUCUGCUCAACAGUCCGCCACCUUUAGUUAAUACACCCACGUUUACAACCGCGCCCGAAUACGAAACGUGGUAUCCGCGCAUGCUACGCGUGGCCGCGCUCAAUGAACCCGGCAUUGGGGAUCUGCAAGGCAUACGCGGCGCAGACUACGCCUGUUAUCGCCAAGGACGACGCGCCGGACUGCUGGGCACAUUCAAGGCUUUCCUUACUUCCAGAGUGCAAAAUCUGGACUCCAUAGUGCGUCCAGCUGACCGUGAACUGCCAGUGGUGAAUACACGCGGCGAUGUGCUCUUCAACUCCUGGAAGAGCAUCUUCAAUGGCCAGGGCGGCUUCUUCUCGCAGGCGCCGCGCAUUUACAGCUUCAGCGGCAAGAAUGUGCUAACAGAUCCGCUAUGGCCACUCAAACAUGUUUGGCAUGGCUCGCUGCCGAAUGGCGAACGUUCCAUGGACACUUAUUGCGAUGCCUGGCACUCCAGCUCGCAUGAAAAGUUCGGCUAUGCCAGCAAUUUGCUGGGCAAUAAGCUGCUCGAUCAGGAGCGCCAAAGCUGCGAUGGCAAGUUGAUUGUGCUUUGUGUUGAGGCCUUGUCACAGGAUCGACGAAAAAAACGUGAUGUCAGCAGUAGCAGCAGCAGCAGCAGCAGUCACAGUCACAGUUAUAACGACAGCCACCACAUUGAGUUUCGCAGCGCCGAGGAAUACGCCAAGCAUUUAGACAAUUUACGGCUGUAAGCAGUGAACACUCAACAACAACAACAACAACACACCCCACCAGGCUAAUGUGAACUGUAGCUGGAGCAUUCGAAACAAACUGUAAACGUAAAUCAUGGCCAUGCAUAUAAUCAGCGAAUUCCAAACAACACACACACACAAAACCAAAAUACUCAACUUAGUGAGGCGAGGUAUAAACAAUUUGCUUAGUGCCAUAAGUAACUACGAAAUACACAUAUAUAGACGAUACGAUAAUAUUAUUUGUAAUAAUCCUAUGUUUUUUCAAAUUUUUGUACAACCCACUAAUAUACGCGUAGUAUCUAUAUCUAAGCUAGUUUAAGUCACUGCCUGAAGUUAAAAGAAAGCGAGCGCGCAACCCUAACAUACUGGCCAAAUUAGUCUCAUAUCGUUCAAAAGGCAAAAACUUACAUUUCACAUGGGCUGUCUACGUGUAUAAAUGUAUUUUUGUCAAAACAUAAAAAAGACUUCUAAAUGUGUAAAUGUCUAAGCCCCCAAUCCAACACACACACUUUGUACUACCCCCUUUGGCAAGCAGCAGUAAUGUUUUUAACUAUUGAAAUUUAUUUAGAUUUUCUAUUCAAACAACUCAACCUUUUUAUACAUAUACUUAUAUAUAUAUACAUGUGUACUAUCUAUAGUUUAACUUAAUGCUAAUGUUCUAGUAUUCGUUUGUAUGUAAUGUAACUUAUUGUAAUUCUAGCGCGAUUACUUGCAACUACUCGUAAACGUAAAUUAAUAUAGUUAGCUAUAUAGUACGACGAUGAUAACGACGAUAUGCAAACGUAUUGUGUAUAAUUUCUUUUGCAUUUAAAUUAAUGCAUUUCCAGCAUAAUAAUGUUUGUAAUGUAAUUAAGAACAACUAAAUAAGUUAUUUUAUAACAUCAAGCGUCAGUCACAAGCAUCAGAACGAAGCAGCAACUAAGCAUUAACUAUUCACUACAUAUGGAAUGAAUUAAACAAUUGCAAUGCAAAUAACUAAAUUUAGUAAAAAUCAAAAUUAAACACACACACACACACAUGAGGACGCAACCGCGCAGUUGCAGCAUUAAACAAAAUCUAUCUAGUCCUAAGUCUAUAUGAUUGUAUAUGCUAAUUGCAGCAGCAUAAGGAGUAACAAAAAAAUUAAUAAUAAUAAUUGCUAACAUGCGUACGUAUGA